GUUUGUUGAGCUGUUACUUUCACGGAGAAAGGCAUGCAGGCUGUGGAGAAGGGAAUGACGACGAAUUGUGUGAGAAGUUUGUGAUCUGGUCAUAGAUGGUUUGUCAGUUUCUCCUGAAGAUACAAUGAAUGGAGUUCAGGGAAGGGCACGGUCACUCGGCUCCUCCUGCGGCUACAAUCUCGGCCAGUGUAAAUGAGGACACCGCUGUGUCAUACACCUGGAUAUACGCUACGCUUUUAGCUUUUAAACAUUUUAUCUACUGAAAUCUUCAAGACAGUUCUUUUUUUUUUUUUUAUCUAUGAUCAUGCUUAAAAGUGAAAACAAAAGCGAGCGGGCGCUGAGAAGCCCGUCUCCACACAGGAACGCCUAUAAAUCAGACUUUCUUUCAGUCAAAUGUUCAUUUGAUGGGAGCACAGCAGUCAGCCCGACCUCCCCCUUCUCCAAUGGAGGCAGUGAGACUCGAGGCAGACCAUCAGGAAACAAAGUAAGCAAAAUAAAAAAUAUAUUCUUGCAAAUGGAUGGAAAACCAAGUCAAGACAGUUCCAACCUCACCAAACCCAUGUCACCCAGAUUUCCACUGGAUUCCACCCCUUACAGAUCCAGUCUGAGUAGUGUUUCUAGUCUAGAUUCAGCCUCUUUUGAGGUACGGAGGACAGAGGAUGUUUCAUUUGACAAGACGGCACUGGCUGAGAAGUUUUCAAUGACCAGGAAGCUGUUUGAGAGUGGUCUUAAAGAUCAAUCUCCAACGGAGAGAUCUGCCUCUGUUAAAGUUACCAGUCGGCCUCAACUGGUGGAGGGACAAGCCAGGAAAGUGUCAGUUACUGGAGAGAAAAAGGACAAACCUAAAGAUUUGGAGGGGCAGGCAAAUGAGGAUAAGGAAAAGGGGAGAAGUGAAAGUGAGACACCCUCACAUAAGCUCAGUUUGUCAAUGAAUGCCGGGCCAAUAUCCAGACGUCUGGACAGUUUUAUGUUGGAUAGCGAUAGUGAAUCACUGUCUGCUGCGCCCUCAACAGAAUCCCACAGUCCCAUCAGUCAUUCCCAGUCGCGUUCUGCUGGUAGUGACCACUCCGAUCCCCCUUCAUCACCAGACAGCUGUAGUUCCCCUACCUCUUAUUCACUAUGGACUGAUUCUCCUGCUGAAACAUAUUUGCCCAAGUUAAAUGGUUCCGAUUUACACAGUACCCCUCAACACACACUUUCUCCUCUGAAUGGAGUCUCUUUGGAAAACACAUUACAACCUUCCCAUAAUUCUGGUUCCACAGUUGAAGAACAUGUUAAUGAGUCCUCAGAAGCUACUAUCUCAACAGAAUCCACUUCUCUGUAUACAAGCCAAAAGAACCACCACUUAUCAAUAAGGAGUAGCUCUAGUCAAGCAUCUGGAGAUGUAGCCAAGGACCCUGCCCUCCAAGGGGCUCAAGUUGAAGGCGAGAGCUCUGAAAAGGGCCCUGGUUUGUCCACUGUUAGAGCUGAGCUGGUGGUGGUGAAGAAUGAAUCAUCUGAGAGUGAAGGCAAUGAGGAGGAACAUAUUGAGGAUGAUGUUUUUGAGGAGGCUGGAAAGGAGGAUCAAACCACACCUCACAAUACUGGCAAGGUGCUGAAUGACAGCAAGGAGGUCCAAUUAACAUUCCUGGGAAAGGAAUCAAAAAUGAGCAUUACAGAGCAUAAGGAGGAAUGUAUAGAGCUUGAGGAAACCGUACAGGUUGAAAGAGAGGAAGAUCAUAGAGGGGAGGGUAAGUUUCUUGAGGAGAAAAGAAUGCAGAAACAGGAGGAUAAAAAAGUUAUUGAGGAAGUAGACUUGAAGACUGACCAAGUGGUUCUAGAGACUUAUAUGAGAGAGAAUGAUCAGAAAUCUACUGAUGUUGAAGAAAAUGAAAAGCAGGAUAAACAGAGAGGAGGAGAUGAGGAGGAUGAGGAUGAUGAUGAGCGAGACAUGGAAGAUGAUGUCUUAGAAGAAAAAGAGAGGCAACAGCAAGAUGAUUCAGGAUUGAUGGGGAAGAGAUCUUUAAUUUGUGGAAUUGAGAAUGCAGCCUUUGUGGAUGACAAGGACAACUGGACCGAUUUGGAAUGUCAGAUGAAUGAGGAAUCCCAGGAAUUUGAGGAAAUUCCAGGCCUCUCUGAUGAGGAAGACCUCACUCCAAAGAGAAAGAUCAGGUUCUCUACAGCACCCAUUAAGGUGUUCUACACCUUCUCUAAUGAACAUUAUGAUCGCAGUAAUGAUGAGGUGGACCCUGUGUCUGCAUCUGCUGAAUAUGAGCUGGAAAAGAGGGUGGAAAAAAUGGAUGUUUUCCCAAUAGACAUUCAGAAAGGAAAUGAUGGUCUGGGCAUCAGUAUAAUUGGGAUGGGGGUCGGGGCAGAUCAGGGGAUGGAGAAACUGGGCAUCUUUGUAAAAACCAUCACAGAGGGAGGUGCAGCUCAUCGGGAUGGACGUAUUUGGGUUAAUGAUCAGAUUGUGGAGGUAGAUGGAAUCAGCCUGGUUGGUGUCACUCAACUGUUUGCUGCCACCACAUUAAAGAAUACCAAAGGUCUGGUCAAGUUUCUCAUUGGCCGAGAACAACCAGGAGUGGAUAGUGAGGUGGCCCGUCUGAUCAAUGAGACUCUAGAACAAGAGACAACCCCUGAAAACCAGGAGCCCAAAGCUGAAGACCAUCAAAAAUCCCCAAACCACCAGUUACAGGAUGAAGACCAGAUAUUCCAAAUCCAGGACCAGCAGCAAGUCAAGUCAUUGGCUGAAAAGAGUGUUUUGCAACAGGAUAAACAGAAACAAACUGAAAAGGAGAAGGGGGUGGAGGAUGAGUCAUAUGACUUAGCACAGGAAGUGUUUUCACAACUGAAGAGCCAAGGCAUUGAUGUACCUGAAAAUACUGAUCCUACUGAGCUAGAGCAAAAAUUUAAACAGCUGCAGAUAAAAAACAGUGCCACUGUAACUGAGCUCAUUCAGAUGAGAGAGAAGCUGCGCGUGUGUGAAGCAGACCGUAAGUCUUGGGAGACUCGAGGUGCAUCCCUUGAAAGAAGUGUGGAGGAGAGCAAAGAGCGCAUUGAAAAGUUGGAAAAAUACUGGCUUGAUGCUCAGGCCCUUUGCAAAACUAUCAACCAGCGUCUGAAUGAAGCCCAGAGUCAAAAUGAUGCCCUGCAACUCAAGUACAACAAGACCAAUAAACUUCUACAAGAGCAUGAACAGAGAGAGGCUGAAUGUGCAAGGAAAGAGGCAGAGCUGAAGAGAAGGCUGGAGCAAAGGGAGAGCGAGUACAAGAGCAGUGUGAGGCAACUGCAGCAUAAGAUCGCUGUUCUGAAGGGCCACAGUGGAUUAGACCAGCCCGAAGAGUCUUGCAGCCCUGCAGGAGAGAGUCAACCCAGCAGUCCAACCUCUGGUUCCUCUGAAAGAAAUGGACUGUCUACAGAUGACCUUCACUCUGAUGCAGACUGGGGAGAUGUUCCUCAGACAGAUCGUCUAGACUGCAGUGUCUACAGAGCAAAAGCCAGACUGGCACAGGGAUCCCAACGCAAGCGGCCAUCCCGACAUAAACUCAGAGAGUCAGCAAGAGGCUCGCAGGCACCCAGCCAAUCACAGGAAUCUGUGUGUAUAAAGGACAACAAACCGGAAAGAACAAACAGUGAAAUAAGGCGAUCUUUCAAUGAGAGCCUCUCCAUACCUGUUCCGUCUCUACAGUCUGGUCAUGACCAAAGGCAUGUAGGCGAUCUGUCCACUUCACCCUCCAUCCAGAGCCAGACACCCCAGGGAGGCAGCAGCACACAGGCCAGCCUCUCUCCCCCUAAAGAUUCCUCCACCCCCCAGUCUCCUUCCUCCUCACAGUCCUCCUCUAGUCUGUUCCUUAACCUGAAAAACAGGAGGAGCAAGACCAAGGAGCGCAGCAAGAACAAAAACAGCAGAGAUGAAGAAAGUGAUGGUUCACCAACACGAAAGUCCAAAAGACGAUUUCCAGAUUUCAGUGGUAUCCGCAGGUCUGGAGGCAAAGGCAGGAAACGGGAGAGCAUCACGUUCAGAGGAUCUGUUGGUAGCAGGGGAUCAGGAGACUUAUUGGAUGAGUCUAGCAGCAAUGUGUCCCCCUCUGGCUCUAUCUCUUCCAUCCCUUCCUGCAUGCCCUUUUCCUGGUUUGGGGACAGAGAGAGGGAAAAUAAUGAGCAUGAAAAGGAGCGCUCUGCUUCUAGUGGCAGUCUUCCUCGUGCUCCUUCAGAGGGACGCAUAGAGGAUGGGCAGGAUCGAACAAACAAGAUCAACCUGUCCUGGCCAACUCUUCUCACUCACUCUUUAGAUUUGAGCUUAUCUGUGAUGGACGAAUCGCAUGCAGGAAGUCCUCGUUCUAUGCUGGCGGGGUUACUGAAAGAGCCCCGUCUCCUCGGGCGCUCGCACAAACAUACCUUUUCCUCCUGUGAGACACUUGAGGAUGUUCCUGGAGCAAAGCAAUACAUGUGGCAGAACCGGCCCCUUUCAGAGUGGACUAAUCAGCAAGUCUGCCACUGGUUGAUGGGCAUGAACAUGGAACAGUAUAUAGGGGAGUUUACAGUUAAGAGUGUGGAUGGCCAACAUCUCUUGUGCAUGGACAGUAGUAAACUUAAGGAGCUUGGUGUGUCGAGCCACAGAGAUCGCUCCACCAUUAAGAAGAGAUUGAAAAACAUGAAGAAGGCUCAGGAAAAAUUUGAAAAACAGCAAAUAAAAAAAGAGAAAGAGAAGGGGAGAGAGAAGGAGGUCAGGAAUAAAAUAAGCCAGCCAACAAACUUUGAAUCAGCCUGCUGAGGUAACAGACCCAUCCAGUUAAGGGACCUUUUUCAGGACAGUAAAUGUGCACGCAGACUGAUAUGAAUACUGAUAAUAUAUGGACUGAUAGAGAUGUAGUACACCAUCUCGCACAGUGCAUGAAUGACUUCUGGUUGUCAAGAAAGAUGGAACACAUGUUUUACUGUAAAUGUUGUCUUUGAUUAGAUAUUUAACAGCUCUUGACACAACCCAGGUGUUAAUGUAUAAAUUCAUGCUAACUGCAUUGAUAUUCAACAUACAUAAUGGCACUUUGAGAAAAUGGGAAUUUAUAAAUAAUUAUCCAAAAAAAUAUUUAAUUGCCUUUAACAGAUAUGCUUGUGUGUUAUGAGCGUUGGUGCUGUACAUGGUACUAAAAUGAUUUUACUGCUGUCCACCAGCGGGCAGUCAAGUAAUAUUAAAUGUCCUGCACUAAGCAAUAAGGUUUAGUCCAAGUACAAUCUCAUUAACCAGACUUAAACGCCAAAUUAUCAUGAGCCAAACUGCUAGUGCACAAUCUGCACUUUAGCCUAAGUUAACUAACAAUCAGAGGGUGUUCACAGAUUUAGUAAGAUCACACCUAGGUAAGCUUUGGCUCCCUCUCCAAGUGUGCACUUUUAAGUGAGCACUUCACAACUUAUAUAUAUAUAUAUAUAUAUAUUUCUUUUUCUUUUUUUUUGGAAAAUGAUUUUUUUUAACUUGUAGUAAUGUACAUUUUACUGCCAUAAGAGGAGAACAAUUAAUUGUCUUCUGUCAAAAUUUAUGAUGAUUUUACUUGUGUAUUAAUAAAUGAAUAUUUUAC